AUGUCUGAGGUCACCCCAGAAAGCGCGCAGAGCGAACACCAUAUGAAUUACGGCAAAAUGAGAGAUGGCUGGAGGCAAAUGAGGUUAAAGAGUACCACCAUUUCUAGCUUGGCUAGGAAGCUCGAGAAGAUUGGCUUUGGAACAUUGUCGGAUAUCUAUUUCGAUCUCAUUAUGCCUCUAAGCUUGGAGCAGAAAUUAACCAACGUCAAAGACGUCAUUGACGAAGCGGUUAAGCAGGCACAACAGCACGAGAGAUUACGCCAAUGGAAGAAACUACGCCAUGAGACCGACCUUCAAUCGCGUGAAGACAGAAGCGAAGAGGAGCUUAUAACACAGCUGAAGCUUCUCGAAGAAAAGUUCAGAUGCAUGGAGGAGUUGGAAGGUAGCGCUGUCUUUUCAAAGAUCUUAAGCCCGCUUACAAAUCGCCGGGACUAUACUACGACUUUCGGCCUGCUAAUAGGCAUUGGAUCCAAUGUCGACAACAUGUUCCCGGAGAGUUUCAAUGUCCUCACUGAACACCGGGAACUGACGCAGAAGAGCGACUCGGAGAAAGCUCUAUACUGGAACGUCGAAGAACUUGAGAAAGCCGAUUCGUUCGUCUACGUAUCGUCUUCUCAGAGACAAGUGAGGCUCUGA